AUGAGCCGCCAAGUUCUACUCAAGGUGCAUGCGGUUGAUUCAAGCAACUGCGCAGGUGGCGUGAGUCAGAGCCGUGUAGUGUCAGACAGCUGCUCUGUGCAGCCAAGUGGUGCGAAGCGAGCAAACAUGUUUGUCUUGCACACAAUCGUAUGUGAGGACAAACGCGUAGCGCCGCCACCUGUUCCACUGGUGCGAGCGCUGGUUACCGGUGACGGACUGUUGGUCUGCCCUUUGUUUGUGACUUGGACAAGUAGCUCCUGUUUUCAACCUGAGGCGCAGUUUUUUGGAAAUCUACGUGGAGUGGCCAAAAGGUGA